AGAUUUUUAUUUUUUAAUGCAAGCUGCAAAAGUGCUCUGUUUUCUCCCUUUGUUUAUCUCUUUCCAGGGGGCAUUUCCUGGUUUAUAAACCCUCCACAACCAAACCCCCCAUCCACCUCUCUUCCUUCCCACCUUCAUUUCUCUGUUAAAUUUUGAGUCUUUCCCUCUGUUUCUCAAGAUCCAAAACUCUCUGUUUCUGCCUCUGUUUAUUCUAAAAUUUCAACAUCUUGUCAGCUUUCCUCAUGUUUGAGGUCACCUCAUGUCUCCUGCAAUCAGUGAAAUCCUCCUUUCCAGUUUUAUGAUUAAUUCCACCCUCCACCGCAGGAACCAUCUUGUUCAAUCUUUCUCUGUUGUUUUCCUCUACUGGUUCUACGUUUUCUCAUUAACUCUCUCCUCCCCUGCUUUAAUCUCCCAUAGUGUUCUCUAAAUAAUCCCAAUUCCAAGUUUUUUCUUUUGGUUCUAAAUAAUAAUCAUCUGGGUCCUGCGCGUAAUCCAGUUUUAUUGGUGUUUUUGGGUUUUUUUUUUUUUUAACUUUUUGGUAUAUAUAUUAUGGCUUCUUCUAGGGGAUCAGGUUCAAGCAUGAUGAGGAGCUCAAGUUCAGAGGAGGAUUUGCAGCAGAUUAUGGAUCAGAGGAAGCGCAAAAGAAUGCAAUCCAACAGGGAAUCUGCACGCCGGUCCAGGAUGCGGAAACAGAAGCAUCUGGACGAUCUGACGGCUCAGGUCUCUGAACUCACCAGAGAGAACAACCAGAUCCUCACCAGCAUGAAUAUCACCUCACAACUUUACAUGAACCUGGAAGCAGAGAACUCUGUUCUCAAAGUUCAGAUGGCUGAGCUCAACACCAGGCUGCAAUCUCUCAACGAAAUCAUUGAUUUUGUGAACUCCAGCAGCCGAGUUCUGUUCAGAGAUGAUCUUCUGCAGGUCAAUCAUGAAAGUUUUGUGGAUCCAUGGAGUUCUGCUGCCUUCUAUGCCAAUCAACCCAUUAUGGCUUCUGCUGAGAUGAUUUUGUAGCAUUAAUCGAUAAAAUCUGUUCUGAAUCUUAGGCUUCUAGUAGUUUUAUUUGUUUGUUUAGGGCUUAAGGUCUUAUUGGAGGAAUGUUGCAUAUUUUUGAAUCAUAAGAUGUAGUAUUGUAGUAAUUAUUAUUCAAGAUGUUUGCAAGUGGGUGCUUGAUCUGUAAUACAUGAAGGGUUGUGAAUUAUUUUUAUAACAGUAAUAAACUAGAAGCUACCAU